UUUUCCUGUAAUGGCGGACCAGACAGAGAGCGAGGCUAUCGGGUUCAGCGACAACAGAAUGGUGCAGCAGGCAGUGCGGUUUCGCAGCCCUGCGCCUGCCCCCGCACCCGCCCAGACACCAGUGCUACGAGGCCCACCACCUCUCCUCAGGCCGCCGCCACCCCCCUUUGGGAUGAUGAGGGGACCUCCGCCACGCCCCCCAUUCGCACGCCCCCCCUUUGACCCCAACAUGCCGCCCAUCCCACCACCAGGAAGCAUGCCACCACCCAUCGGACCUCCACAUCUACAGAGACCUCCGUUCCUUCCGCCUCCCAUGGGGAACCUGCCGCCUCCCCCAGGGAUGCUGUUUCCUCCAGGGAUGCCCCCCGUUAUUGCAUCUGGAGCCCCGGCAGAGGAAAUCUGGGUAGAGAACAAGACGUCUGAGGGAAAGGCAUAUUACUACAACGCCAGGACUAGAGAGUCAUCGUGGAGUAAACCAGAUGGUGUAAAAAUCAUCCAGCAGUCCGAACUGAACCCUCUUCUUGUAGCGGGGUCGGGUCCAAAUGUGACGGCAGCUGGCAGUUCCAGCAGUGUCAACACCACAGCCAGCAGCACAGCAGCCAUGCAGACUCAGGCCCUCUCCACGACCCCCUCCCGCACACUCGCCUCCAGUCCAGACUCCUCCAGCCACUCCCCCUCUGUGACUAUUUCAGCCCCUGUUGUAGCAGACCUACCCCCUGUCGCCACAGUGUCUUCAAAUGUAGCUGUGUCUCCAGUCACUGUGGUAACAGUUUCCACGGUGCCAUCACCUGUAACGGCGGUGCAGACCAUGGCACUGCUGCCUGCAGGGCUGCCCCACAAUGUGGGCCAGCCCACUGCAGCACUACCUGCCUUCCCCCCUGUGAUGGUGCCUCCUUUCAGAGUCCCACUGCCGGGCAUGCACAUCCCUCUACCAGUGCAACUUUUUCCUAAAGACGGUUCCAUAGGAGGCACAGACAUGGGAGGGACUUGGCCUCUCUAUGGUUUCCAAAAGAAUUUAAGUGUAGCAAUGAUGCAGAUAGUAGGUGCCCCCUGUGUAAAGGCAGGCCCCGGCCCCAACGGCAUGCUUCCUGGCAUGGGCCCGCCUUUAGUCUCGAUGAUGCACCCACAGCUGACUCUAUCCGCUCCUGUCUCAAUGGCCGGAUCAAUGCAUCUCCCCGAGUGGUCAGAGUACAAAACCGCUGACGGGAAAACAUACUACUACAACAACCGAACACUGGAGUCCACCUGGGUGAAACCCCCCGCCCUAGUGGAGAAAGAAAAAGAAGCAGAAAGGAUCAAAGAGCGUCUGGCCCAAGAGGAAGCGGAGGCGAUGGAGAUGGAGGACGAAGAGAACAAAAUGGAAAACACUAAUAAUGAGAAGGAGGAGCUUAAAGAAGAAGAGAUGACGGAGGAGGAGAAAGCAGCGCAGAAAGCCAGACCUGUAGCCACCAACCCCAUCCCCGGCACGCCAUGGUGUGUGGUAUGGACGGGGGAUGAGCGCGUGUUCUUCUACAACCCGACAACACGGCUGUCCAUGUGGGACCGGCCCGAUGAGCUGGUCGGCCGCGCUGACGUCGACAAGCACAUUCAGGAGCCGCCGCACAAGAGAGGCCUGGAGGAAGUCAAGAAGACGGUCCCAGGUGUCAAUAAGGAGGAGCCAGAAUUAGCCAUCGCUACUGAAGAGAAUCAGGAUGAGGAGCCCACCAAAGCCAAAAAGAGGAAGAAGGAGGAGGUGAAGGAGGCGGACUCUGAGAAGGAAGCAGCAAUGGAGGCCGAGCUCAGAGCUGCCAGAGAGCGAGCUGUCGUCCCGCUAGAGGCCCGGAUGACCCAGUUCAGAGAAAUGCUGCUGGAGAGAGGGGUGUCUGCGUUCUCCACUUGGGACAAAGAGCUUCACAAGAUAGUGUUUGACCCUCGCUACCUUCUGCUCAACCCAAAAGAGAGGAAACAGGUGUUUGAUCAGUAUGUGAAGACGCGAGCGGAGGAGGAGAGGAAGGAGAAGAAGAACAAGCUGAUGCAGGCCAAAGACGAGUUCAGGAGGAUGAUGGAGGAGGCAAAGUUCACACCAAGAACAACGUUUAGUGAAUUUGCAGUAAAGCACGGCCGAGACCCGCGGUUUAAGACCAUAGAGAAGAUGAAGGACAGGGAGGCCAUCUUCGUCGAGUUCAUCACUGCUCUGAGGAAGAGAGAGAAAGAGGACUCCAAGUCCAGAGGAGAGAAGGUGAAGCUAGACUUCUUCGAUCUCCUAAGUGAGCAGCACAUAGAGGGAGGCCAGCGGUGGAGCAAAUUAAAAGAGAGGCUCGAAACUGACCCACGAUACAAGGGUGUGGAGAGCUCUGCACUCAGAGAAGAACUGUUCAAACAGUACAUGGACAAACAAGCCAAGUGCGUGGACGUGGAUAAGGAGCGAGAGUUGGAGCGGCAGGCUCGUAUCGAGGCCAGCCUCAGAGAGAGGGAGCGGGAGGUGCAGAAAGCUCGCUCAGAGCAGACCAAAGAGAUCGACCGGGAGAGGGAGCAGCACAAGAGGGAGGAGGCCAUCCAGCAUUUCAAAGCGCUCAUGUCUGAUAUGGUACGAUCUUCAGAUGCAGCAUGGUCAGACACACGUCGGAAUCUGCGGAAAGACCAUCGCUGGGAGUCGGCGUCACUGCUGGAGCGAGAGGAGAAGGAGAAGCUGUUUAACGAACACGUAGAAGCACUGGCCAAGAAAAAGAAAGAACAUUUCCGGCAGCUACUAGAUGAGACCAGCAUGGUGAGGAGUAAAAAGAUCACACUGACAACCACAUGGAAGGAGGUGAAGAAGAUUAUCAAGGAGGACCCUCGCUGUAUUAAAUUCUCCUCCAGUGACAGAAAGAGACAGCGGGAGUUUGAAGACUACAUCAAAGACAAGUACAUCACAGCCAAAGCUGACUUCAGAACUCUGCUGAAGGAGACGAAGUUCAUCACAUACAGGUCGAGAAAGCUGAUCCAGGAGUCAGAGCAGCACCUGAAGGAUGUGGAGAAGGUUCUUCAGAACGAUAAGCGGUACCUCGUUCUGGAGUGUGUACCCGAGGAGCGCAGGAAGCUCGUCAUGUUCUACAUCGAAGACCUGGACCGCCGUGGCCCGCCUCCUCCCCCAACUGCCUCUGAGCCCACCCGACGCUCCACCAAGUGACCAAUCACAUCAUCUUCUUGGCCGGGUCCUACUCCUCCUCGCCUUCCCUUUGGCCAGAGCAUGAUCUCCCCUGAACUCCCCCCUGAUCUCCCCGCCCUUCAGGCCCACGGCUGGCCUCACAGUGUUAUGGCUGGGGCUCAUGUCGCUUGGAGAUGUACCAUAGAGAUGAACGGUUAAGGUCUCUGUGUAAUGUCACCUCUUAGCCCUGAAAUUGCCCUGCAGUUAAGGCAGGAAACUGAGGUCACCUGAUCUGAAGGUGACCCUUGAGCCCUCGUCUCUGGCUGACCACAUUAGAGGGAGAGGAAUACUGAUAAGGCUGCUGCACGAGCAGCCACAGAGAGGUGUAAGAUAACGGAUGUAAAGGAAAAUUAGUGCGAGUGAGAAUGAGUGAGUGUGCGAGUCUGUGUGGUGUGUGCAUGAGUGCGUGUGUGUGUGCAUGUGACUGAGGCGUCCUUAAGCCUUACUGCUCCACUUUGCCAUUCAUUGUUUCAGCGGCUCAGUGUGAAUGUUAGUUUCUGCUCAGUGGUUUACUCCGAUGUUGCAGCAAUUUCUCUGUUGAAGGAAAUAAAGGAAACUUCCACUGUUUUUUUCAA